AUGCGAAUGAAGAAAAAACAAAAAAGUAAAAAUGAGCAUUGCAUUAAUGAUUGUUCUGACUCGGAGGAAGUUGAGUUGGUGUCUGGAGAAUGGAGAUGCUUCCAUACCUUUCCUCACUCCACCUUCAAACAAACUAAUGUGAUGUGAAGCUGAGAACUCAAUUAAAAAAAAAAACAAAGAAAAAGAAAAAGAAAAAGAAAACGAGGUUGUUGGUGUGUGUGUGUGUGUGUGUUAGUAGUGUUAAUGUUAAUGUUAACAGUAGAAAGAGAAAAAAGAAGCGCAAAAAAGAAGGCUUGAAACGCGGCAUGGCGUCGUCGAAGGUUGUCUCGACGAAUCCGGAUCUGCCACGCGACUCAUCUAUAUCUCCCAUUUGCUCCCUUCUCUCCGAUCUCAACCCCACCUCCAUGGACGACCUCCUCAAGUCCAUCACCCCCGCCGCCAAGACCGUCGACGACGUCUGGAAGGAGAUCGUCGGCGGCGCCGCCGCCCACCCCGCCGCCAACGACGACACCCUCCAGAUGACCCUCGAGGAUUUCCUCACCAAGGCCGGCGCCGUCAGGGAGGAAGACGUCCGAGGCGGUGGCGGCGGUGGCGGCCCUUCCUCCCUCCCCUUCCCCCUCCCCGAGGGCUCCUCCUCCUCCGUCGAGCCUUUCGGCAACGGCGUCGCGCCCUCUCCUUCCGUUCACAAAGGGAAGCGAAGGGCCGUUGAGGAGCCUGUUGAUAAGGCCACUCUUCAGAAGCAGAGGAGGAUGAUCAAGAAUAGAGAGUCCGCCGCUAGGUCCAGGGAACGCAAGCAGGCUUACACUUCUGAGCUCGAGUUUUUGGUUCACCAGCUGGAGCAAGAGAAUGCGCGCUUGUUGAAUGAAGAGGCUGAUAUGAGAAGGCAGAGGAAAAAACAGCUAGUUGAGUGCAUCAUUCCAAUUGAGGUGAUGUCUAAACCAAAAAAAAAACUUCGGAGAGUAAAUUCAGCACCAUCAUCAUUGUGAUCUGUUUAUCAUCACUCAUCAACAGGCUAGGCUUUGUGGCUUGGUGUAGAUAUAAGGGGAAGAAAGGUUUAAGAGAUUAUAGCCAUUGCAGGUUCUUGGAGCUACAUUGUAUAGAGAAAAUAGCUGCAGUCAAAUAAUCCAAGUAUUCUAUUGAUCCACUGUUUGUGGAAGAUCGAUGGUUUUGGGUGGUUUUUCCCAGACUAGGCCUUGUAGGUAAAGUUGAAAUAAAAAUUUGUGUUAUGUUAAUCAAUGCAAUUUGGAUGUCAUGCUAACUUAUUUGGUAGAGAUAAGGAACAGCAGUGAGAGAGGAAUUGAUGAACAAUGGUGGAUAGUUAAAAUUUGAGUUUAAAUAUAAUGAAAUGUUCAUUUAUUAUAAAAUGAAAAUUGAAUUAACAGUCAA